AAUCAAACUUAACUCAAUAUGAGUUAAGUUGUAUUAUAGAAAUGAGUAGAUCAACUUUUGUAACAUAGAUAAAGAGGCAUAACUCUUGCAACAUUUAAACAUCACUGACUUUUGACACUACCCUUUACAAUUAUUAAACUUUGACACCAUCCCCUGUUAAUACCAGCAUAUAUACUACGCGCGCGCCAAUUGCAAAUUCUUUAUGGAAAUUCUUCUCAACAAAAUUCAACAGUCUAACCACCAUCGAAGGAUUCCUUCAAACUUGAUUAGCCAUCCUACAAUUUUGGUAAAGUAUUUAGGUCAUCGAAGCUACGGGAAUGUUGCGGUAUAGCAAAAGGAAAUCCAAGUCACCCUAUGCUAGGCCUGUCAGGACCCCAGCCGAAAGGUCCAUUGCAGCCACGGCCCCCGUGGUCAUGGCAACCCAGGUUUCACAGCCAGCCAGCCAGACUGCUAAUUCAUCGGUGGCAACCAUUAAUCCUCCCGAAGUCCCACAACCUCCUGAAGUCCCACAUUCAGCUAGCAUGAACUCCGAUUCCACAGUGGCAACCCCUAAUCCACUUUCCAUAGGGGAUAUUACAACGGAGCAAUCCUUGACAUCAGGUGAAAACCCUUUAAUUAGUAUUACAGAUGAGCUUGGGGUUCAUGUCCCCCAGGCCAUCAAAGAAAAUAUUUGGUCAAAGCAAUAUAUUGAUUUGGCAAAAGUUAUUAUUUCAGAAAUAGAUAAUCAAGAUACGCAUAAAUUCUCAAUUGUUGAAGGGCAAUUGGUCAUCGAACCAAAAACCAAAACAACCAAAAUCAUUACAAUGCAAAGUUGGGUUGAUGCCUUUUUAAUAUUCGCUAGUAUAUACCUAGCUAGGCAUCCUUCAGAUAUUCAGGGCAUAUUGAAAUAUAUACACACAGUGCGCCUAGGCUACAGCCGAAACACAAAUGCUAAUUGGCUUGAAUAUGACAGACAGUUCCGUCUCAAAAUGUCCAAAAAUACAUCACUUUCUUUUGGCUCAGUCGACGCAGAGUUGUGGCUAAUAUACAUGCAGGCCCAACCUAGCCUCAUUGCUCCACAACCAAAAGCAUCACUUAAAUGCUUUGAUUACAAUCUCAAAGGCUCAUGCUCCAAAUCACAGUGUUUUUAUCAACAUGAAUGCAUGCACUGUAACAAGACCCAUCCACGUAUACACUGCUGGGCCUACCAGUCUACACUUACUCAAUCUUCAAGGCCCAAUACCAACUACCAACAGUCUAACACUAGAUUAAAUCUAACUCGCCCAACUGCAGGACAGCAGAAUUAUGCCCAACAAUCUUACUCGAAUUUUCGUCCCUAUUGCCCAAGGCAAUACCAGUCACCAACAUCAAGAUUUAACACGCCUAGGUUCUACUCCAAUUAAGCUCCCAGUAUUACAGAAAUACCUAGCAUUGUACCCUCAAGUUCAAGAUGCCCAAUUGUUACUCAAUGGUUUUACAUCUGGUUUUUAUCUGAAUUAUGCAGGCCCUAGAGACUAUUUACAACCAAAAAACAUGAAGUCUGCUAAGGAACAUGUGCAAGAAUUAUUGUCGAUUAUUAAAAAAGAAAUAAGCUUAGGUCGCAUGGCAGGCCCUUUCCCUAGCCCCCCCUUCUCCAACCUUAGGUGCAACCCGGUCGGAGUGUUGCCUAAAAAAGAUGGGGGAUGGAGGUUGAUUUCAAACCUGUCAGCACCAAUCGGUAAUAGUAUCAAUGAACAAAUUGACCCAAUUUUAUGUUCAGUCUCCUACAGCUCUUUCGACCAGGCAAUUUCCAUGAUUCAAAAAAAUGGGAAAGGGGCAUUACUCUGUAAGAUGGAUUUGUCCAGUGCAUUUAGACUAU